AUGAAGUCCAUCUUCUUCAGCCUUUCUCUGCUCCUCCUUCUGGAGAAGGAAGCAGCUGGGAUAGAAAUCUAUGGUGGGAGAAAAGGACACUUUCUAGUAAAAUCGCCCCCAGUUGUAUUUAUCCAAAAAGGCCAUUUCCACUACAGGCCCAGAGGAGCCCAGGAAGAUGAACCUGAAGGAAGCGUUGUUGUGCAAACUAAACACCAUGUAUAUCGCCAAGAUGCUGCUGAGGCUGACCUGAGAGAGACUCAGAGUUCACAGGAACAGACAGGUUUAAAUGAAGACUUAGUUUGUGAUGAAGAAGACGAGAUUAGCCAGCAAAAAUCCCAGCUCAAAUCCCAGUCACAAAUAAAAUCCCAAACCCAACUGAAAACCAGUGGAGCCCAACUGAAGUCCCAGACAGGCCAGCUAAAGACCCUAGGCCAGGUGAAAUCACAAAUCAAGCUGAAAUCCUACAGAGCCCCUCUGAAAUCCUACCAGGCAGCAAUAACUCUCCAAGAAGGCCUUCCUCAGCAAAUCAAGGGCAAAGACUAUGCCCUGAAGGAAGAUCUGGCCCAAGUGCGUCAACAGCAUAAAAAGGUUCACAGUCUCCAAAGAAAGCUUGGCCAGGCCAGGAAAACAGCAGCGUUCUUUCCAUAUUUUAGACACCACUCCCAAGACUAUGAUGAUGGGUAUUUUGUGCAGUUUCAAGAACAACUACAGGGUGGAAUUCGUCACAUAAAAUCUUUCCACCGAGGUCACGGGGCCUGCUACUGUCCAAAAGGAGGGCUAACCCUAUAUCAAGAUGUCUUCACAGAAUAAUGCAUUCAUUAUUCAGUCAAGGAUCAGGACACAUUUAGAGGUAA